ACCUAAAUAACUGCGCUAAGGAUUCAUUAAAAUCCUGCAUUGCGGCUGCUCUGAGGAUCGAUAGCUAACUAAUAUACAUGGCAAUAUCCCACGCCCAGCCUUUGCUUCUUUCUCUCCUUGUGUCACUCUUUUUCUUGCCUUCUGCUUUGGGCGGAACCGAUUUCCAUAACUGCAAUCCCCUUCGUUCUUAUCCCGUUAAAGUCAAGAUUGUGGAGAUAUCUCCAGAUCCGGUUAAAGUUAGCACGAAUGGAAACAUUACGAUAACCGGUUCUACAAGUGUAGAUAUCCCUGAUGGAGCAACUAUAAAUCUCGACCUUAGGUUUCCCGAGCCUAUAUCUAAAAGAAGCUACUCCUUAUGUGAUAUAGUGGCGUGCCCUGUUGCAGCUGGCCCCAUUGUGCUUAAUUUUUAUAACGUAUUCACUCAGCAAGAACUAACACCAUGGGGAUAUUUUGUUUUAAUAACCAUUACCGAGGAGCACCAGGAAGACCCAAUGAUGUGCGUCUCCUUCCGUUGUAGGAUUACACGUGAACAAACGUCUCUGCUUUAGGCAAGAUACCGAGUAAAACUUUGUUCCAAGUCUUUUAUGAGUCUGAUCUAUUCUUGUAUGCAUGGUAAUCCUAAUGUUUGUAUCCCUUUUUACCUUUAAGUGUCGUUCAACAAAUAAAACAAGAUUUUAAUAAACACACUCAAAUGAUUUGGAUUUGUCUAUGUUU